AUACCUGAUCUCUUCAAACCUACAACUGAAUCGACCGAGAUCACAGAAUCUCUAGAGAAAAUUGAAGUGCGCAGAAAUCGAGAUACAGAGGACGAAACAUCAACUUCAACUCAGUCACCUGAGGCUGAAGUUUCAACUACAUCAGCUACACAUGAAGAGACCGUAGCGCCCACUACUACAUCCCUUUGGUCUUCAAUAGAGGAAUGUGCAACAUCCAUUACUGCGUCGUCUUGGUCUCCAGUAGAAGAGGAUGCAAAGUCCACCACUGUAUCGCCUAAGGUUCACGAAGAAGGUGUAACCGUUACACAAGAAAGUGAGGCAACGUCAACCACUGCUUUGCCUGUGAACCCAAAAACUUUGGAAACUUUUGACCUAUCAAUACCUGAUCUCAUUAAGAAGCAAUGGGAUUGGUGGUUGAGGUGGUCAGAAAACUGUAUGACGGAUUUUAUGGAAAUGUGGUAUGCUUGGAACAGUGAAAUGGGAUAUCAAUGA